UCAUGCUGCUGCCAGGUCCAGAGUCUCUCAUGGGUCCCUGUACGGCCUCCCAUUGCUGCUGUCUCCAUCGCCACACUCUGCCAUGUGCCACUUUCAGGUCUCCUCACACUGCUGGUGUGUUCCAUUUUUUGUCAUAGGGUGCUGGCAGAUUACGGGCCUCCCAUAGCUGCUGCCAGGCCCCUAAUCUGCCAUGGGCCCCUAUACCGCCUCCUCAUGCUGCUGCCAAGUCCAGAGUCUCUCAUGGGUCCCUGUACGGCCUCCCAUUGCUGCUGUCUCCAUCGCCCACACUCUGCCAUGUGCCACUUUCAGGUCUCCUCACACUGCUGGUGGGUUCCAUUUUUUGUC